AACUUUGCUUCUCAAAGUCCAAGUCCAAACCCCAGUUCUCUUCGCUCCGACGUCCGACCGCCGGGGCCCGGGGCCGAUACGGCGAUACCCACUGCAAUGCUCCGCGAUCCACGGCCAUGGCCUUCCUCAAGACCCUAAACCCUCUCAUACGCAAGCGCGCCACCCCGAUCUCGAACCCCAGGCCGCUCCUCUCCCUCCACACCUACCUCGCCUCAUCCUCCCCCACCACUACCGCCGCGGCCAACCCCUUCGCCAGCGAUGUGCACACCCAUGUCCCCAUCCGGUCCGGCGGCCCGCUGUUCCUCUCGUCGGCCCCAUGGAUGCUGUCGCAGUCGGCGACACCGCUCACGGCCGCGGCUGCCGCCCUUGGCGCCAAGCUCCGCAGGGCCCAGGCCCUCGCCGGCGGCCGCGCGCUGGCCGUCGCGGACGCCGUGAGGUGGGAGCACAGGCGGAUCUCCGGGGGUGAAGCGGAGGUUGCGGCGUCUUCAGGAAUUGUGGGAUGUGGAGGUGAGAGGUUUCUGAAUGCGCCCAAUUUGGUGUCGAUUGGACGGAUGGUGUCAGGGCCUGUCAUUGGAUGGAUGAUCGUGAAUGAAUGGUAUCUUCCUGCAUUUGCCACAUUGGCUGUAUCGGGUGCAAGUGAUUGGUUGGAUGGCUUUUUAGCGAGAAAGAUGGGCAUCAAUUCUGUCUUUGGAUCAUAUUUGGACCCUCUGGCUGACAAGGUUUUGAUUGGCUGUGUUGCUGUAGCCAUGGUUGAAAAAGAUCUUUUACAUCCUGGUCUUGUUGGCCUCGUUGUUGUAAGAGACUUGCUUCUUGUGGGUGGUGCUUUCUACAAGCGGGCUUCUAGUCUGGGAUGGAAGUGGAACAGUUGGUCAGAAUUUGUUAACUUAGAUUCGAUUCGUCGCGAAAAGAUUGAGCCUCUGUUCAUCAGCAAGGUGAACACAGUAUUCCAAUUGAUGUUGGUUGCCGCUGCACUUCUUCAGCCAGAAUUUGGCACAGAGGAGACUCAGAAUUACAUUACACUCCUGAGUUGGCUUGUAGCUACUACGACAGUCACUUCCACAAUAGGGUAUGGUGUGAAGUACUACCGGAUCAAACCAAGGAGUUGGUGACUGUUGCUGUAGGCAGUUCAUGGAUUAAUUUGCUGCUGCUGCUGCUGCUGAUGAUGAUGAUGAUGAUGACUGACAUGUAUCAGGCAUGCCACUGUGUCUCUUAAGCUUUGUGAACUUCCCAAUUUGCAACUGCACAACUAUAGGCCUUGUUGCCCCCUUCAGCCUCAUGGAUUUCCUUAAUGGCAAAAAAACUUGGGCAAGAUUGGAAAAAGAAGUGAAGAACCGCCUCAUGAAUGUAAUCGGUGCAUGAUUUGUGCAGUAGGCCUAGUUAAGUUGUGAUACUUUUGCCUAGUUUCGGCCUAGAGUGUUCAUCAAAUUAUCAGAGGGCAAACUAGCCGAACCUUUGCUUUUUUGCUUUGGCCAAACACAUUAGCUAUGUUCCCGGUGUACAUACAUACGUGCUUCAGAAUACUUGAACUGAUUUAGAAGAACUUUGGCAAAUGGUGAUCGCUAGGUGAUGUCGUGCUUCGAGAUGUCUGCAGGUUAAAUACAUUUACAACUAUGUCCAUGUAUCAAUGCAACUGUUUAGCUGAGCUUUUUUUUAACCA